AUGGACAAAACGAAAUCGAACAAUGAAGCAGUAAUUAUUUUUAUAUUUUAUCUUCAUGUUUUUUUUUCUUUCCUUCUUAUUUCUUCUUUAAAAACAUAUUUUCCUUCUCAGUUUUUUUUACCUCUUUUCUUUCCUUCUUUCUUUCUCUCUAAUAUUUUUAAUUUCAGUCUUUCUUUCCUUCUUUCUUUCUUUCUCUCUUUCUUUCUCUCUAAUAUUUUUAAUUUCAGUCUUUCUUUCCUUCUUUCUUUCUUUCUCUCUUUCUUUCUUUCUAAUAUUUUUAAUUUCAGUUUUUCUUUCCUUCUUUCUUUCUUUCUCUCUUUCUUUCUUUCUAAUAUUUUUAAUUUCAUCUUUCUUUCCUUCUUUCUUUCUUUCUUUCUUUCUAAUAUUUUUAAUUUCAGUUUUUCUUUCCUUCUUUCUUUCUCUCUUUCUUUCUUUCUUUCUAAUAUUUUUAAUUUCAGUCUUUCUUUCCUUCUUUCUCUCUUUCUUUCUUUCUUUCUAAUAUUUUUAAUUUCAGUUUUUCUUUCCUUCUUUCUUUCUUUCUUUCUAAUAUUUUUAAUUUCAUUUUUCUUUCCUUCUUUCUUUCUUUCUUUCUUUCUUUCUUUCUCUCUUUCUUUCUUUCUAAUAUUUUUAAUUUCAGUUUUUCUUUCCUUCUUUCUUUCUUUCUUUCUUUCUUUCUCUCUUUCUAAUAUUUUUAAUUUCAGUUUUUCUUUCUUUCUCUCUUUCUUUCUUUCUAAUAUUUUUAAUUUCAUUUUUCUUUCCUUCUUUCUUUCUUUCCUUCUUUCUUUCUUUUCUUUUUCACCUUUUUUCUAUCUUUCUUUCUUUCUUUCUUUCUUUCUUUCUUUCUUUCUUUCUUUCUUUCUUUGUCUUCCUUUAUUUCUUUCCAAAUAA